AAUUAUACUCUAAAACGAUAUGUAGGUAAUUUUAAAUGGUAUAUGAACCUGCUAUUCUGCUUUAUACUAAAGGUCCCUGCAAAACAGGAUAUCUUUAUUCAAGACAAUAUGGCUACUGCCUCCGAUAUGUCGGGCAGCUAAGAGGACAAGAGAUGAUAGAGGUGUGUGAGAAAAACGACGAAGAAUUAAUUAAAGUUAAUUCAUUAGAGGAGAAUAACUUUGUCAGUGGAUUGGCCUUUUCUUUGAUGCAAGAUCCAAUAGGAACAAGACGACUUUUAAUCGAUGGAUUAUUCUCCAGUGGCAAGUGGAUAUCUAUGUUCGGUAAUGGUUCUAGGUUGAUCUUCACCAACUUUUAUGCCGGCAAUGGAAUCCCAGAAGAAAAUCACAUCAUCACUAUGUUUACCGGAAAUCUUACUCACUUUUCUGAGUUUAAAUGGAGAUCUAAAUCAGGAAAAUUUUUGAGACGGUCGGUGAUUUGUAGAUACUAUCCCUAACUGACUCUAAGAUAAAAAUUUAGAAAUGAGCAGUUUGUUCAUAUGUAUCUCUAACUGAACUUUAAGUUAUAUUAAAUUGUUUUCAAAGUUAUCUGUAUAUCUACAAUUUGUAACUAAUUUUUGUGUGUAAAGACAUAUUCAGAAAUCUCAAAACAGUUUGUGAGAAAAACGUGAGUAUAGAUUGCAGACGUCGAUAUUGACCUAAUACAAAAAAACUACUCAAAAACGUUACUGUACCAUUUCUUGAAGUAUUCUCUUAAAAUUGCUCUUUUUUGUAAAAUUAUAAUACACAUUACUAUACAUUUAAUCAAUAUUAUUGGUAAACGUAGAUCGUGAUUUCAAUAUUUAUUAACAAAACAUGUCUCCUGACAUUUUAAAUUUGAAUGAAUUCUGUGCUUAAAAUAUAAUUUCAAGAUAAAAUAAUUGUAAAUAUGUGUACUUUCUUAUUACAUUUUUAUUACAAUAAAAGUAUUC